AUGGCUUUGCAAAGAAAAGAUCAGGAUAUUCUAAAUGUUGUGAAGCUUGUUGGUUUCGCCAAGAGGCAAUUGCAAGGGAUGAGAGAAUCUAAAUGGGAAUCUUUGAUAGAUGAUGCCUCUUCAUUUUGUGCCAAGCAUGAUAUUGUGAUCCCUGAAAUGGAUAAGAACUAUAAUCUCGGAAAGUCAAAGCGUAGGAGUUCAAGUGUUACAUAUUCUCAUCAUUUGCGUGUCGAAGUUUUUAAUACUGUUAUUGAUUUGCAACUUUUAGAGCUUAACAGUCGUUUUGAUGCGGUGAAUAGUAAUCUACUUCUUGGUAUGGCUAGUUUGAGUCCGGAUGAUUCUUUUGCAAAUUAUGAUAAAGAAAGAAUUAUGAAACUUGCUACACUUUAUCCUCAUGAGUUUAGUGGUUCAAAGCUUGAAGAUCUCAGUUACGAGCUUGACAACUAUAUUUUCUUUGUGAAAGAAGACAACGAUUUCUCUAACUUGAAAGGACUUGGAGAUCUUUCAGAAACACUAGUUGAAACAGAUUUGUACAAGAAUUGGAGACUUGUUUUUCUGCUUGUGAAGUUAAGUCUGAUAUUUCCCGUCGCUACUGCAACGGUAGAAAGAGCUUUUUCUUCAAUGAAGUACAUCAAAAAUGACUUGCGUAGCAGAAUUGGUGAUGAGUUUUUGAAUGACUGUUUAGUUUGUUAUACAGAAGAUGAAGUAUUUGAAAGUGUACCUAAUGAUGCGAUUUUUGAUCAUUUUCAAAGCAUGACAACCCGUAGGGUACAAUUGUAA